AUGCCAGGGCUAGAAGUACCGCCCUCAGGGCGUCGACGAAGACGCGUUAUCGACGACGACGACGACGAAGAUGAGCAGUCAACCAGAGCAACGACCCCGCUAUCCCAAUCUUCCACAGGCAGCAAGCGCAUUCGACUCGAUGGUCCAACCCAGAACAGUGAUGAUGAGGACGAUAUGAACUUCGAUUUCGAUGGGAGCAUCAACGCAGAGCAAAACACACCUAAAGUGCCCUUGACAAAAUCUGCGUUACCCGCAGGGUAUACUACAUAUAAAGAUUUUCAGCCUGGUGCGAUUGUGAGGAUGAAGCUGAAGGAUUUCGUUACGUAUACGAAUGUGGAAUAUCAUUUUGGGUCACAGUUGAAUAUGAUUAUUGGACCGAACGGCACUGGAAAGAGUACGUUGGUGUGCGCGAUAUGCUUAGGCUUGGGUUGGGGACCUCAGCAUCUUGGACGCGCGAAAGAUGCAUCUGAGUUUGUCAAGCAUGGCGCCAAAGAGGCAAUCAUCGAUAUAGAACUUGCACGUGGUCCCCCAUUCAAAAAGAACCCCGUCAUUCGCCGGAUCAUCAAAUUUGAAGGCAACAAGAGUACUUUUUUCAUUGAUGGCAAAGACGCAACCCGAAAACAAGUCCUGAAACUCGCUCAAAAUUUCUCUAUUCAAAUAGACAACCUGUGUCAAUUCCUACCACAAGACAAAGUCAGCGAAUUCGCUGCGCUGACUCCUAUCGAACUACUCUAUUCCACACAGAGAGCUGCAGCUGGACCGCAGAUGAUCGAGUGGCACGAUGAUCUUAAGCGGCUCAGAUCAGAACAAAAGAAAUUGCUUGCUGAUAACAAAGGUGACCGAGAUGUCCUUGCCAACCUCGAGAGUCGACAAGAGUCACAAAGAGCAGACGUUGAGAGGGUGCGGGAAAGAGCACAGAUCAAGCGGCGAAUCGAAAUCCUUGAAUACGCUCGUCCGAUGGCCGCGUACAAGACUCAAGUGCCGAAGUGGAAAGCAAUCAGAGAUAGAAAGCACGAGUUGGACGCAGAGUUACAGCAACUAAAGAAUGAACUAGCGCCAAUGUUGGCAACAAUCAACGGGAAACAAGAAUAUUUCGGCCGGACGGACGACUUGGUCAAGUUUAAGCGUCGCGAAGUCGCAGCGGCAGAGCGCUCAGCCAAGGAAAUUGCGGUGAGGUUGGAUGGACAUGACGAGACUAUGAAGAAUCUUUCCAGGCAAAUUGAUUCAGAGAAGAAGAAUGGCUCGAAUUACAAACAGCAGCAGAGUACGAUUCAGCAGAGUAUCAAUAGAAUUAACCGACAAAUGGAAGACAAGCCGGAGGAGUUCGAUAUUGAUGCUUAUAACGAAAAAAUUCGCGCUCUACAAAGAGAACUCAAGGACAUUGAGAAUCGAGCCAGAGAGAUCAAAGAUGGUCGCACAGCUUUAUUCCAGCGGCAAGAUGAGAAGAGCAAUCGAAUCAAGGAAACAGAAAUUGAGCUACAAAACCUGCAAUCUCAAAGUGGUCAACGUGAGGCUAUGCUCAAGAAGUUCUCGCCCGACACACACCGAGCCUAUCGAUGGGUACUGGAAAACCAGGAUAAAUUUGAUAAAACUGUUUAUGGGCCUGCACUUAUCGAGUGUUCAGUGAAUAAUCCGAAAUACGCCGACGCGAUUGAAUCUCUUCUUCAGAAAAACGACUUCCUAGCAUUCACUACGCAGAGCAUCAAUGAUUUCAGGACAUUGCAAAAAGCUCUUAAUGUUGAGCUAAGGUUGCACGACGUCAGCAUCAGAAAUUGUACAACUCCGUUGAGUGAUUUGAAACCUUCAAUCUCGGAUGGAGAGAUGCGUGAUCUUGGCUUCGAUGGCUGGGCCAAGGACUUUCUUACUGGACCAGAACCUGUCAUAGCGAUGCUCUGUAAUGAGCAAUUCCUGUUCAGGACACCGAUUGUUCUUCGGGAAAUCAACGACCGAGAAUACUCUCGGAUGGAAAGCCAUAAUGCCAUCAACAGUUGGGUGGCUGGCAAACAGACAUACAAGGUCAACAGGAGAAAAGAAUACGGACCGGGUGCGACGUCGACUCAGGUGCGACAAGUGCGACCAGCAAGGUUUUGGACUGACAAACCCUUGGAUGUCUCAUUGAAACAAGAACUGCUAGAAAUAAAGUCACAGCUUGAAGCUGAAAAGGCUGAAAUUGACAAGACUAUCGAGUCUUUGAGAUUAGAGCUUACAACCUCGGGUGACCGAUUCAAGCAAAAGAAGAGAGAAAAGGGCCAGCUAGAAGAGGAAAAAGCGCAGAAGCAAACGGCUCUUAUCAAUUUUCGAGCACUUCCUGAGAAGCUCAGGCAAGAGCAGAUUAAGAAACGGGAGGUGGAAAAAAACUUUGACGGCUUACGGGAAAGAGUUUUGGCAGUUCGUGGAAAGCAAGAUCAGGUUGCUCUUGAAAAAGCAGAAACUGCUAUCGCUUACGCUGACGCAGUGGAGAAUUUCCGAAAGAUUCACUAUGACUUGGUACAAGCAGAAAUUAAGAACAUUGAGGCCUUGUCGGAUUUCGAAAAUCUCAAAGCGCGAAACGAGGAGAUUCGACGAAUACUAGAGCAGAAACAGAACGAGGUCAAAGAGGCAAACAUCAAGCAGAAGGAGGCCGCCGAAGAAGGCCGCAAACUGAGGGAGGAAGCACGUAGACUCCUAGAGAACGCUCGACCCGAGCCGGACAAGUUCGCAGCUCUUCAGUCUGAGCACUUUCAAAAGUUGACCUUAGAUCAAUUGGAGGCGGACAUUGACUCAGAAAAGGCCCGUCUUGAGCUAACGCAUGAAGUGGGCGAGGGUCUCGUUAAGGAGUUUGAAGAUCGCCAGAGAGCAAUUGACAAACUGCAAGACAAGAUGUCUAGCUAUCAAGCGAAGCUCAAUGAUUUUGAGAAUGCCAUUCAAGAGAUUCGCGGCAAAUGGGAACCACGUCUUGACGCUCUUGUGAAGACAAUCUCAGAUGCAUUUUCCGAUUCUUUUGCUCGUAUCGGUUGUGCUGGACAGGUUAGUGUUGACAAGGUUGAAGAUGAACCAGGACCAAAUGGUGAACCUGGCGCAAGUGACUUUGACCAAUGGUCAAUCCAGAUUCAAGUCAAGUUCCGUGAGACCGAGAAUCUUUCCGUGCUAGACUCUCAUCGACAAUCUGGUGGUGAGCGUGCCGUCAGUACGAUUUUUUACCUCAUGGCACUGCAAUCUCUAUCCGCAUCACCGUUCCGUGUCGUGGACGAAAUAAAUCAGGGAAUGGACCCAAGGAACGAGAGGAUGGUCCACGGGCGUAUGGUGGACAUUGCAUGUGCGCCACGAAAGUCUUCUUCCGACGCCAACGAAGCCGACGACGUUAUCGGUGGAGGAGGGAGUCAAUAUUUCCUCGUCACUCCAAAGUUGCUGAGCGGAUUGCACUACAGACCUGGUAUUACGGUUCAAUGCAUUGCCAGUGGCGAACAUGUACCGUCAGAUUUCCACAGUACUGAUUUCCGGCAUGCUAUUGAGACGAUGAAAAGGAUUAACGGUACAACGUCGCGCUCGCUCACGAAUGGCAUUGGUCGGUCGGUGCGAGUAAAGUAG